AUGGCAUAUAGAACAUCGAAAUUCGAUUCUGGUUGGCCACUGCCAACAACUCUUUCGCCGAUACAGAAUUUGAAUCAAAUUCAAUCAUAUGAUCUUUCGACAGCAACUAUCGAACUAGGUUCAAGUUCUAUACUCAAUAAUGAUACUCAUCAUCAUCAUCAGAAACUAUCAAUAUGGGUCAAUGAUGAAUCAUAUUUUGAAAAGCUUCGAUCUACAGCUGAAUAUCGUCAGAAUAAUAAAGUAGAAUCAUAUGUGACAACAUCGAAUAUGUCAAAUUUACUUGAAAAUUUUAUUGGAUCAAUUCAACCUUGUACUACGUGGUAUUCAGACGAUAUGAAGAAUAUGAAAUCACAAGUAGCUAUCGUCUUAUGUCGACUUGAGUUACUCAAACAAAGUUCUCUUAAUAAUGGAAUGACAAAAUCAAUAGAAAAUGAUAGAUAUGAAUACAGUGUACAUCAACAAUUUGAUACAUGUAUUUUGCCAAUAAGAACAUCACAUGGAACAGUAUUUUUUGAUUUUUCGAAACAAUCAAUCAACUAUGAUAUUUAUAUACAAUUAAUGCAACUUGUACGUUUAUCGAAUUUAGAUAAAAUUAUUGAAAAAAUAUUUCAUAAAUCAGGAGAAUAUCAUCAUAUAGAUUAUAAAGAACAACGUCAAAAACAAUUUGAAAAAGAAAAAAAUAAUCAUGAGAAUUUAUCAGAUCAUCACGUUUAUCAAUUAAACCAAAAUCUAACAGUUAAUCAUUAUGAUUCUCAUUCUAUUUUAUCAAAUUCAUCAAAUCAUAAUAAAUAUCAAUUAUCAAACAAUAAUGAUUUAAUAAAAUUACAUCAAACAGAUAAAAAUAGUUAUUAUAUAACAAUGGCUAAAAGUGUACAUUUUCGUAGUUCAAGUCAUUGUUUUGUGCUUGAUAGUAUUGAUAUUUCAUAUCGUUUUCAAUAUGAUCGAAACAUUUUACGAGAUACUUGUCAUCACUUUCAUAGUUAUGAUAACAUGAAUUCAAAUAAUAUACAAAAUGAAAAUAAUGAUUUAUUACAAACUAAAUUUAUGUUAGAUGAUAAUCCGUUACUAUUUCGAACUGGAAUCAAUGAAGUAACUUAUGAACAAUUAUAUUCUUCUAUGCUUGAAUUAGAUGUUAAUUCAAAACGAAUCAUUCAUUUUAUUCUUGUUUUAUGUACAUACAGAAUGAAAAAAAUCUAUCAAUUAUUAGAAUCAUUAUUGAAAUCAUAUGUUUCACAAAAUAUUUCUAUUGUCUAUGUUACAUUUGAUGAGAUUAAAUCAUUUUUAAUCAAAUAUGAACAAAUAUCACAUGAAAUUCUUCAAAAAGACAUUUUAACAUCUGUUACAUUGCAAAAUUCUCAUAACACAUCUUCAUCAACUAUGUCGACUAAAAAAAAUAUAUUCAAACAACACACAAUUUUAUUUCAAUCAGUUAACUUUAAUAAAGAAUUUAAUACUAAUGCAGACGUCAAUAAUGAAAACAUAAUAAAUUCAAUAUCUGAGCAAGAUAUUCUCAAUCUAUCCCCCAAAACAGAUAAUAAUACAAUAGAAAAGAUUGAUUUAUUCAAUGAAGAAUUUUUACUUAAUUAUCUUCAAAAAUCAUCACUUGUUCUUAUAUUCAUGAAACAUUUAGAUGAGACAUAUCUCAAUGCAUUUAUUCGAUGGUAUACGGAAGUUCUCAUCAAAUCUGAUGUACAUUCCAAUCAAUCAUUCACAUCUAGUUGGAAUAAAGCUAUUGAACAUUGUUGGCUUGUAACAAGUGAUUAUCAACGUGCUCAAACAGUUUUUAGUAUUCCAAAAACAAAUUUAUUUCUCUGGCCAACUGAACAUAACGAUUUUGAUCAUAUAUCAAUUAUUAUUUCAUCGAUUCUUAUUCUACCUAUUGCAUUAACUAUUAAUUAUGAAAUCUAUACGAUGUUUAUUGAUGGCAUGUCUAUUGUUGAUAAACAUUGUCAAGAAACAACAUUGGAUCGAAAUAUUUGUAUAAAAAUGGCACUUUUACGUAUAUGGUCAACUAUUUGUGAACGAAAAAAUAAUGCAAUUAUUACUUGUGAUGAUGAUCUUCAAUAUUUCGGUGAAUAUGCUAAAAUGUUAUUUACUGAAUAUGAUGAUUAUAUUGAUGAACACAAAAUGAAAACGAAAUUUGUAUCUAUUCAUGGAAUGCCAUUAGCAAAAACUUUUCUUCAAAAAAUAUCUAAUGAUCAAAAUCCUUUCUCAUAUGAUUUAAUUACAAUUAGUGAUGUUAUACAAAAUACAAAUUUUGCUAAUAAACAAUCACCUUCAUUAACAACUCAUUCUUUCCAGAAUGAAGUAAACGAUGCAAGUGACAAUAAUCUAUCUGAUGAAAAAUUAUCUCUUAAUCGUCAUUCAUUAGAAUUAUUAACUAUAUUGGCCGAGUUCUAUGAACAAGAAAAAACAUUACAAGCAGAUAAAAUUUUUCAUCCACAUACUUUGAUCUUACUUGAUCAAUACACACCAUUAACGAUAGGUGUUCUUAUUGGUGUUUAUCAAAUAUCCAUGUUUUUUGAAAGCAUAAUUCGUGAAAAUAUUUUUCAACUGAAUGAUCAAACUAGUCUUCGUCUUUCGCAAGAUAAAAUUAUUACUCAACAUCAAGAAAAUAUUACACAAGAUCUAAUAAAUGAAAUAAGUCAAAUAUAUCUCGAUGAAUAA